GUUACAUGUGGGUUCGCUUCCAUUCAGACGAAAGCAUCGAAUACAGCGGCUUCCAAAUCUUCUACAAGUUCCUGAUCAACAGAGACACGAGAAGACUUGCUGUGGACGAGUGUUGGAACAUCAUGCAAGGUCAGAUCGAGGGGGAUAUCGACUCCAGCGCGGUGGGAAACAAGCAGAGGCAGUUUGCCAUGAAUCACAGCCUCCCGCACGAGUGUGCCUGGGACAUCCGAGUUCUGCGUGGCUACAGGGUGAAUCUGCACCUUACUGACAUAGAGAUGGAGACGGACUCGUGUGAGCGGAACAUGAUACAGAUCUAUGACGGCAUCACCAGUAACGUAGGCCUGCGCAAGCAGCAGUGCAGCGGUGGCGCUGGCGUCGUCAUCCAGUCGAACACCAACCGACUGUUCAUCCGGUUCUACCUGCAUCCGGCCGCCAGUAACAGUUCCUUCCGCGCGUCGUUCGCGAUGUUCCGAACGGCUCCCGCUAACG